UCGCGUGCUUGGUUUCAGAGCUAACAGCAAUUAGCAGCUACUCGUAUCGUGAGUAAACGGUUUUAGUAGAAGUUGUGAGUCUUUACGCCGCGGACACACACUCACGCGCGGUCAGGUCGGCGGGGCCGUGUUUUCACGCACAGAGCGGGUUUCCGGGAUGUUUCGGUAGUUGUUUUUUUUCGGGGAGGGGGGUGUGUGUUAGCUCCAUGCUAGCAGCUUCCUGUAUGUUAGCCGGAGGUGGCUAGCUAGCAGCUAAUUGUUUACCUGUUUUUUUCUUAAGGUUGGUUUGAAUUAUUCAUGACGACACUCCGGGAUUGGUGUAGUCAGUGGCUCGAGCGGGCUUGGGACGAGUUAACCACAGCACGUGCAUAUAAACGGGUCUAUUUGUGUGACACACACACUGAGUGAGAGUGUGUGGUAAUACGAGCAGGGGACUGGAGCUGGGUCCUGCAGGACGAUCACUGUGAUUGGCUGAUCUGUCCGCUGGUCAACGAUGAUCAGGAUGUCUUUGGACAAAGAAGUUGUCCUGCCUCAUGAGGUGCCCAUCAGAGUUGGCCCCGCCUUCCCCACCACCAUCACCCUAUCACAGCAGCCACAGCUGGCUAAGACCUGCCCCCUCGGUCCUAAAAAUGGCCUCCAGUCGCCCGGCAAGGGCCACCCCCCCCUCACCGGCCCCCCUCCCCUCUCUCAGCACAUUGGAAAGAGGCGUUACUCAAUGGGCGUCGGCUUCAAGGGGCUAGCUAAACGCCGUCGACGUGUCAAUAGUGACAGCCAAUCAGAGCCUGUGCUGCCGAGUCACUUUCUGUUAGGCGGGAACAUUUUCGACCCUCUGAACCUCAACUCGCUAUUGGACGAAGAAGUCAACAGGGCCACCAAUCAGGAGACACCAAAGGGCUCACCCCUGCCAUCACGGGGCGGAGACCCUGUAGAGAUUCUGGUUCCCCGUGACAUCUCCGACCCCCUGAACCUGAAGGGAGGCGGGGUGGGCAGCGAGGGGGGAGCGGGAGUCCUGCUGUCCCCUCUGAAGUCCAGGAAGAGACACAGGAACAGACACCAUGGAGGAGGGGGAGGCGGGGGAGGAGAGAGGGAGGUGAUACCAGCUCGACUGUUUCCCUUCUCAGCUGGACUGACAGUUCCUGUGUUGACCACAGAGGGCAGUGUUUCUGCGUCUCCUCUUCCCUGUGAACUCAACACAGCCAUCACCUGUCGAGAUGACGUAGCCCCGCCCCCCAUACUCCCCAGGAGACACACCCACCCUCAACCAGGCCACUCCCACAAACCCGGUAGCCAGGCUGACGGUCAUCAACGGAGACGGAGACGCACCACCUCGACGAGGUUGGCUGAUGGUACUGUAAACACUGUCACCAUGGCAACCAUGGCCCAGACAACCAAGUUCCAGACACCACUGGUGGGAGGGGCUAAAGCUGGCAGGUGUGGAGGACCUCAGCCCAGCUCGACUCAGCCACCAGAGAAGAAGAAGAAGGACAGACACCGCUACCAGUAUGGCAACCACAGCCGUUACUACGGUUACCAUGGUUUCUAUGGUGACAGGUGGGAGGGUUGGGUGGGGGCAGAGGAGGACCCGCGUCUCCGCCUCCUGGAAGCCGAUUGGUUCAGAGGCAGGACGGUGCUGGAUGUGGGCUGUGGCGCCGGUCACAUGACGCUAAGCAUUGCCCGGAGGUUUGACCCCGCCCACGUCUUGGGGGUGGAGUUAGACAAACGAUUGGUCCAUGCUGCCAAGCAGAACGUCAGGCACUUCCUGUCACAUGACCUGGUGGUGGAGGAGAGGAGGAGAGGAAGGACGGGGGAGGAGGGGACAGAGCAGGAGUUCUCCCCCCUCUCCCUCCCCCUGUCCUUCAGGGUGAGUCGGGGUCCUCUCUCUGCUCCUCCCUUCCUCCUCCCUCCCUCCUCCUCCUCAUCCAGGUUCCCUAACAACAUCACCUUCAUCCAGGGCGACUAUGUGUCAGAGCAGGAGGCGUGGCCAGGCCAGGGUCAGUAUGAUGUCAUCAUGUGUCUGGGCGUGACCAAAUGGGUGCAGCUGCAGUCAGGUGAUGGGGGCGUGGUCAGACUGUUCAAACGAGCCUAUCAGAGCCUGUCGCCGGGCGGAUUAUUCAUCCUUGAGCCACAGCCGUGGAGCAGCUACAGCCACAGCAAGAGGGCCUCGGGGGCGACGUAUCGUAACUACAGGAGUGUGAGGCUGAGACCUGAGCAGUUCACCUCCUACCUGACUGACACUGUGGGCUUCACCUCCUACAGACUCCUCAAACACACAGGUAGCCAAAGGCCAAUCUACCUGUUCCAUAAAGGCCCCGCCCAAAGGAAGUGACAUCACCAGAACAGGCUGUGACACGUGUCUGAGGGCAGUGCAGCCCAUCGUCCUCUGACAGGAGGGAGCUGAUUGGAGGAGACGAUACCUGUUGCUCCUGGGCUCACAGCUGAUUGGCUGAGCCUGAGCCUGUUAGUGAUAGAUUCAUCAAGCCAAAGAAAAGUGUGUGACCUCUGGUACUGGACACUGAUUGGACGCAGGAUGCUGACAGGAAGUGACAUGUUUAUAUAGGUCAGUCUUUUCAAAAUAACAGUUCAUGGCUUUUAUUUGUUAAAUAAAGAGAAGCUGCAGCUGAACUGCUUCCACCUAAAGACACGAACUGACCAAUCAGCUGUCGACUGAUCAAAUAACGACUGAUGAUCGAACUCGUCUCUGUUCAAUAAGUUAAAAGAACUAAAGACAGAAAUCACAGAAACAUGAGGGACGAAGUUUUCAGACAGAGUUAACUUCAGUUUGUUUUUAAGAUGCUCGUUAAUAAAACCACAGAAUUAAAAAACAACGGACGUAAAAACUCGACUUUA